AUUUUGGGCAAACAAAACUUUUACGUUAUCCUGAAAACCCCCCCUUUGCACACAGAUAAACUUCAUCUUCAACCAAAUCUUCUUCUUCCCAGAGAGCACAACUUACGAAAAUGGCGAUUGCCCUCUCAUCCCUCACAUCCUCCUUCUCUUCUCUCUCUUUCUCCUCCCAAAUCUCCCAAAAACCCUUUUCUCUUUCACUCACCCCGUCCCUAAAAUCAACCAAUUCAUCUCAAUUCCCCAAAUCAAAACCCUCAUCUCUCACCGUAGUUGCCACAGUCGCCGCUGAGCCUCUCACCGCCGAUUUGGAGACUUUGAGUCUCGAAAAAUAUGUCAAAUCUAGACUCCCUGGUGGCUUCGCUGCCCAGACGCUUAUCGGCACCGGCCGCCGGAAAUGUGCCAUUGCUAGGGUGGUUAUUCAGGAAGGUACCGGAAAGUUUAUAAUUAAUUACCGUGAUGCCAAGGAAUAUCUUCAAGGCAACCCAUUAUGGCUUCAAUACAUCAAAAUCCCAUUGGCAACAUUAGGAUACGAAACUAGCUAUGAUGUGUUUGUGAAGGCACACGGAGGUGGUCUUUCUGGGCAGGCUCAGGCAAUAUCUCUUGGUAUCGCUCGUGCAUUACUAAAAGUGAGUGAAGAUCACCGAAAACCCCUUAGAAAAGAAGGCCUUCUUACUAGAGACGCAAGAAUCGUUGAACGGAAGAAACCUGGUCUCAAGAAAGCUCGAAAAGCCCCACAGUUCUCCAAACGUUAAGAUACGUUUUGGAAAUUCAUUUGUUGUUUUCUGCUGUAAUUUGUUUUUAAAUGUUACCUGUUUAAGGUUUCGGCAUACUGGUUAUGGAAUGCAGUUGUAAUUUGUUACAGCAGAUUUUUAUGAUUAUUGUAGAAUAUGGUUCUACUUAUUGUAUAUUAGAUGAAUCUGUUGACCAAAUGUUAUAUGUUCUGCUUCAACUUUGAGCUUA